GGGGCUAUCCAACUAUUAAGCACCUCCCCGUUCCUCUAAAGGGCAUUAUAAUACAGGGGACCUCCUUUUUAAAACCCCAAUAUAUAUAUACAUAUAUUAAAUAGGUUAAAAUCACAGAGUGUUUUUUUUAGAGGAAAAUAAAACAUCACCCUGGAGCGGCGCAUGAUGCUCUCGCACGUCGACCUGCUGGACGCUCGGCUCGGGAUGAAGGAUGCCGCGGCGGAGCUCCUGGGACACAGAGAGGCACUGAAGUGCAGACUUGGAGUCGGUGGCGUGGUGUCUGAGCCCGGACAUACCGGAGAACUUGGCCCAAACCCGGAAACCCUAGAAGGCACUACCCAUCUUCCCGGAGACGAGCUCGGCAACGUUGGAUCCAAUCCUCCUAACGGCAAAGAGCAAGACAAACAGCAGCAGCAACAAAACCAAAACUCGGCGCAAUCCGUCAGUCAGCAAACGCAGAAACAGAAACGCCACCGGACCCGUUUUACGCCUGCGCAACUCAACGAGUUGGAGCGCAGCUUCGCCAAAACCCACUAUCCUGACAUCUUCAUGCGGGAGGAGCUCGCGCUGCGCAUAGGCCUGACGGAAUCACGCGUGCAGGUUUGGUUCCAGAACCGACGCGCCAAGUGGAAGAAGCGCAAGAAGACCACGAACGUGUUCCGCGCGCCCGGCACGUUACUUCCUACUCAUCACGGUUUACCGCAGUUUCCUUCGGCAUCAAUUAACGACAGUCUAUGCUCGUUUCACGCAAACGACACACGCUGGGCUGCAGCCGGGAUGCAUAGUGUCUCUCAGCUUCAACUUCCGCCGGCGCUCGGCCGUCAGCCCGCAAUGGCGCAGUCACUGUCGCAGUGCAGCUUGGGAGGCGCAGGUCCGGCGGCGCCUGGUUCCAUGGGUCUGUCCAACAUGGCGUCCAACGGCUCGGCCCUGCAGUCGCAUCACCUAUACCAGCCCACGUUUCCGGGCAUGGUUCCCGCUUCACUCGCGGGCCCGACUGGCGCGAGUGCCUCCACACAACUCUGCAACUCGUCAUCGACAGAUAGUGACGUGUGGCGCGGUACGAGUAUUGCAUCCCUGCGCCGCAAAGCGCUCGAGCACACAGUCUCCAUGAGUUUUACUUAAUGGCGCGUGGGUUCCGAAUAUUCUUUUGUUGGUUCGUCUUCUUUUACACCACAUUUUAUUCAUAUUUCUGACCUACAAAAACCUAAAGCAAACGGACCCGGAUGUUAAUUUAUCUAUCUAUCUCUGUCAUUUAUUUAUUUAUUCAGGCCUAUUAUUUGAGGCAUUUACACCAAACACACUGCACAUAACUGACAGAAUGUAACGCGCAUAUUUGCAAUACACGGGACGCUACCUGCCUUGUGAGUUUUUAUUUACUAAAAAAAUACUUGCAUAUUACGGACCACAGUUUUUAUGUUUUGUUUGUUUGUUUGUUGUUUUGUUUUGUACAGUACCUAAGCAGGAGAAUAAAUGGCAAGUGAUGUAAAAAGAGGAAAAAAUAAGAAUAAACGUCGAAUGCAUGUGUGGACGGCUGUAUCCGAUAAGGGGACAACUGAUCAUUUAUUCUAUUUAUGAUUUAUUUUAAAAAGAUGAUUUAGGCUAUACUGUUCUACGGGAUGUUUUGUGUAGGCAAAGCAUUCUUAAAUUGCUCUAAUUUGUGCUAUGUUCUAAGUUUGUCUGUACGUACUACCAAUACAGAUUUCUUACAUUUCUUAAUUGUUAUAUGCUUUCCUGAACAUAUUUAUAUCGAUUAAAUGUAAUGUCAAAUAAAAUAAUUUUGAAUGUCAUCUCGUGAACGCCAAGGCUAUUUUGUAAUUUGUCCCCACGAGGCAAUAAUUAGCCACAAAUACAUUGUCUAUUUUAAUAUUUUUAAAAUAUUUUAAUUUACAAAAUCGUUCAAUACCUGCAGGAUAUGAAUAGAGUUGGGUCUCAGUCUAUUUGUAGUGUUUAAGGCGUUUAAAAUGUUUAAUAGAUAAUGUCGAGUAAUGGCUUAUAAAAUGAGAUGAUACUAAAAGCUGGUAAUUUUUGAAAAUUCAAUCAGAAUUUAUCAACGGUUGUAACAAAUAAAACACAUU